CCCCCCUUAAUCCGCGCCUGACGUUUUUAUUGUGUUUUAGCAUGUUUUACGCGCCGCCGUCGUGACUCGAAUAAUUUUGCCCUCCCUGACCCCGAUUUGUGUUUGGCGUUAACCAACUCUGUUGGAUUGUGACACUUUAUGAAAGUGUUACGAUGCCACCGACGGGUGAAUCUAUAACAAUCGCGUGAAACUAGUUCGCGCCUCGCGCCUCUGAUGUGUGUCGCCCAAAACACAAACACUUUGAGCUGCGCCCGCCAGGGCGAAGCUUUAAGUAGCCGUGCACAGGCGACACACGUCAGAUGCGGUCUGGUCGUCGUCGAGGUGGCAGCUCCGAUUCCUAGACUGGAGAAGAACAACACGAGAGGUGAGAGAGAGCCACAGUGUAUGAGUGUUGACCUAACCUGAACCACCUUGCAAUAAACUAUCAAGUCUCACUCUAUCUCUAAGUUCUAAUUAUUGAGAGCCGGUAGGGUUCGCAUCUAGUCCACCUUAAACCUUUACUUGCUAACAUGGCGCAUCGGCCUUUUUAAGAACCUUUGAAUAUUAACGUCAUUUUCAAGUGGCUAGACUAGGUAUUUAUGUAUGUCAUUUUUUUUACACCUCUCUCCUCCUGCUGAGUCCGACCCCGAGUGCGCGCACGUCCAUGCAGCGGCCCUUACGCCUCCAGUAGCAUCUCCGUUCGGCCCCGCCCCGCAUGGACCUUGCCGCGCUCAGAGAACGCCACCCGGUGGUCUCAUCAAUCAUCAACAGCAUCACCUCCGAGCCCUCCGCCGCGAACCCGUGCCUGGCCUUCUGGAUAAACAGCAACAUCACCAACCAGCACGCACGGUGUUUCGCCGACCGGAUCUACGAGCUCGACUUCUACUUCAAAACUGCUUACCUGGACACAGACGCCCGGGGUGCCAAACGUGAGUCGGCUAAAGCAUCUCUUGUUGCCAAGUUAGACAUACCGUCCACUUGGCAAAUUGAACGUAUUUUGAUUUUACAAGAGCCAACAGAAGAGUACAAGACUGCUUUUAGCCUGGUGCAAGUCCACCGCUUAAUCGGUUAUUUGCAUGGAAAAGCGUUUGUCAAGCACCAGAUCAUCGACAUCCUCGCCGAGCUAGUGUCGACGGCGUUCACCCCAUCUUCACCGGUGACUCCGUCCGCUCCUCCGUUCGUCGACCUCGUUUCCCCGAUCAACGGAGAACACAGCACCAAACUCACGCCCGCCACCCAGGACCUCCACAAACAGCUCAACGAGGCCCUGCACAUCCCCCAGGCGGCACCCCGUGGCUCGAAGACAGCGGACACAUUGAAGCCUGACUCGUCGACACCAGCAUCGUCGACAACGCCCUCACUUCACUCAAGCACCAUCAGCAGCUACAAGCCGCCCUCUACAACGAAGGUCGCAUACACGACGCCACCUAUCAACCAGGACAACCAGUCGAUGUGUACUUCGAGCCGAAGACAACACCGGAAACCCCGCGGAAGUACGUCUGCGCUUGGCGCGAAGGCGACGUACUCCAGCAACCAAACCCCGGUAACCCAUCAUCAUCAGGACUCAGCAGGAAGGAAAUAUUAUUAUUAUUAUUUGAAGCCGCGCGCUACUUAAUAAGUUUAGCUGCAGCGCUCCCCUACCGCUCCGGGCUCGUUCUCUCGCCCGUUUAACUGGAGCUGCGCGCUACCUAGUUACGCUGCUGCGCUUCCCCAAGAAGCUGCGCGCUACUGGGCACAGCCGCGCGCCCACGCGCGUUAUUGUCAGGCCUUACUUUAAAAUAAUUAGCUAGCUAGCAUGCAAUUAAUAGGAUCCUUUAGUUUUUAAUUCAAGGCCUUUAGUUUAUUCUUUUAGUUUUUACCCCUUAGGUUUUAUUCGCCUAACUUAACUCCCUUAAUUUUAUUCUCUUAAAAUUUCAUUCAUUUAGUUUUAUUAUCUAUAGUUUUAUUUACUUAGCCCAAAUUUUGCAUUAGCUUGACCCUACCCGGCUCAUAUCUCUCUCCCUUUUCUUUCUCUUUCCUGUUAGCAUAGAGUUCGGGCAAUGCAAAUUAUUACGCACCUGGUUGGCUCUCUCUGGUCCCUCGUGUGUGUUGUCUUUUCACAGGCCAUACUUGUUGCAAUCCCAAAGAGAGCUGCUACCAUCGCAUCCGGCACCAGACUGCAUCCCAUCGCCUGCUCCCUGCCUCGUCUACCGCACAGUACUCCUGCCACUGCCAUCGUGUCCCGUGAGCUGGCCCCAGAGACGGACUUUCCGCAUGGCUCCAAACCCGAUCGGCACAAUGCAUCCCGCCGCCUCCGCACCGCCUGCACCCAGGAGGCACUGAGGGGCGUUGCACUACGCUCAACAUCGAGCCCGCCCCUGUCGACGACGGCCGGAUGACCUACGCUACGACGGCCCUCGCCACGACGAGGUUACCCGCCCUCAACAUCCAAGCCCGGUCCCGGCUCAACACCUGGAGAACUUGCGGACACCUCAGAUCUCGCCGCAACCGCCUGCACCAAAUGUAACGAUGGGUUACAUUUUUUUGGGAUCUCUACGUUGCCUUCGCCGGCCGCGUAGAUAUCCUCACGGUAUUGCCUUAAUUGGCCGUACCAUUGCGCUCGCCAUUGCCUUAGCCGGCCGUGACGAGGCGCAUGGCGGAUAGGCAAUUCGGGACAAAGACUUUCCAAGACCUUUCUUUUUGGGGACGGCAGAUGACCAAGGCACGCGUAGUGCGCGGAGUGCAGGGAGCCGUAGGGAGACCAAAUGUAAGCUCGGUCACCCAGUGCCCACUCCAAUAAAAUCAAUUUUCCCUUUUAAUUUUUUUUUCUUUUUUUUUUGGGGACGCUGGGUGACCUUGCCUUUAGUUAUUUUUCCUUUUUUUCUCUCAGAGUUUCGACCCAGUGUUAAAUUCUAUUUUUUUAAAAUUGUUUUUGCCCAUUUUUUUUCGUUUGUUUGGGAUAUUUUCUUAAUUUCACUUGAGUUUUUCUUUUUUAAAUCAAGUUCAUUUAAAUU